GAGAGUACAGAGGGGUCCGGCCUCAGCUACCCCAAUGUGCCAAGUGGAGUUUGAGCUGGCCUGUGCUGCUAUAAAGCUGCUGAAGGGUCCUGUGAGCGAUGAGGAGAAAUUGCUGGUGUACAGUUUCUACAAACAGGCCACCCAGGGUGACUGCAACAUCCCUGUCCCACCUGCCUCAGAUGUGAAAUCCAAGGCCAAGUGGGACGCAUGGAAUGGGAACAAAGGGAUGUCCAAGAUGGACGCCAUGAAGCUCUAUGUUGCCAAAGUGGAAGAGCUGAAGAAAAAAGAGGCUGGCUGAGGACACACUGGCAGACAGAUGGAAGUAGCAUGGCUCCUCUGAUAGGGAAUGGGCUUCUUAAAAGACUUUGAUGGCUGAAAUGUCCUGUACUAGUAGCAAGGUUAUCUGAGACAUCAAUAAAUCACCUAAACUGCAUGACAGUGAUUGUCUGCUGUUGGAAAAGAAACUCAGUGACUGUAAGAGUCCUGGGGAGGUGUCUAAAAUGUAUAAAAAGCAUCUCUCCCCUAGGUAAAAUUCCAUCAAACUUGCUAUUUGUAUGGUUUUCAGCAGCAUUCCCAGCCUUCUUGUUCCUAGAGUGUAUGUAGAUAUUUGGCAGGAGUAGAGGCGGUGGGGGGAGAGUCAUGCUAUGAAAAUACCCAAGAUUUGAGGUCAUUGAGACCAUUCUCAGUGAGUCACCUGAGGCCCUGGCUCCUUAUCUCUUCAGGGAUUGAUGACUCACUAAUGUUGGAGCGAGCAGGACUGAAGCCAUGUUGGGACCUAAAGCUGCCUGGGCUGCGGAGGGGGGGAGGAUUUUUAAAAGGACAGUUUUUUUCUCUCCACUCUUGCUUCCCAACCCCUGACUUAUCUCCCUCGCUAAGUAGGAAACAAGGCUGAGAAGCUAAUUAAUUAGCUUCUGCAAAGCUAACAGUUCUGUCUUUGAGACUUG